AUUGUGAGAAAAAAGUGCUGUGGUAGUUAUCAAUUUUUCCAAAAUGUGGUCAGUAACCAAAAUAUUUUUGGUAACUUUUUUCAUAUGGUCGACAGGAGCUAAGGUAACAUCAAAGAUAUAUGAUGCAAUUCAGCUAAACGAACUCGAAAAAUGGCAUGACGUUUGCGAAGAUGUGACCGGAGUCACAGAUGAAGAAGUGGCCAAUAUGCAAAAUGGUAAUUUUACUGAAGAUGCUAACCAGAAGAAAUACUUACUCUGCAUGUGGAGAGCUACUGGAGUCAUAAGCAAGGAUAUGGAAUUCAACAAAAAAAGAUUUUUGCACUGGCUUCCUAAGCGCUUGCAAACUGAUGCAGAAGCAGAAAUGGUGCAGAGUUGUUUUGACGAGGGCAAAAAAUCAGGUGGAGAAAAAUGCGAACAAAUUUUCAAAAUGCAACAAUGCAUGCACAAGAAGGAUGGUGUGAAUAUUCUCUUGCUUUGAGAUGGCACGACAGAUUAGACUUCGGCUCCAUCAGCAGUUAUAAUUUAUUCAUGUUUUGUGCAACUUACUUGAAAUAAAAUUGUAAAACAUU